AUGUUAGUCAUUAAAGGAAGAGUUUUUCCAGUGCUUACUAUAGUUCCGCAUACAUUCGAGACAAAAACUAUUACACCAGCUCGCCGUGAAUUUGAUUCCUACCCUGAACUCGAACAAUUUGUUCGUUAUUCAAUUGAUCCUAUAGUAUUACCUGGUGUUACUACUCAUUUCGGUUUUGACUGGAUGGGUAACAUUGGUCAUUCACUCUUCGAUGCAUUAUAUCCUGCUUAUGUUGCAUUAAUUCGUUUUCCACCCAGACAUGUUCGACCAUUUCGUAUACUUGCUACACUAAGAGAAUGUGAUGGUUGCCGUGAUGAAGAAAUAGUCAAUCGAUUUGCUGGAGUUGGUCUUCUUAAACAAUACGUUUUGAAUGAUAUGUCCAUUGGAAAUUGGUUUGUUUUUGAUGAACUUGUUAUGGGUUGUGGAUUAUUAUGUCAACGCUGUACACGACCAAAUUUACAAUUACCUGGUGGGGUAGAAUUAGAUGCUUCUAGACUUUUUCGUGAUCGAAUGUAUGCUCAGCACGGAGUUAUUCCACCACUUAGAAGACCUAGAUCUUCUCGAGAAGGUCGAAAUACACAUGAUGUUUUACGUGCUUAUAUCAUCGAGAAUAAACGUUUCAAUGACAUGGAUCGAAAGGAAAUAAAGGCUGCAAUAGAUGAAGUUAAUAAUUAUACUCUCACGUAUGAAAGUCAAAAUAUAACUAAUUUAACUAAAUUGAACUGGCCACUAAUCAAUGCCAAAAUUCUAGACUUUGGAGUUAGACCUCAGAAGAAACAACAAUCUCGAUUUAAUAAAACUAUAACAGAUGUUAGACCACCGACAUAUGAGUUGACAGAGACCCAAUAUACGGCUCAGUUAAGAUUAUUUCGUACAAUAGAUAUUCAUGUUACAGGUCCUGGUACAGGUCAAAUGUAUCAAACAUUUUUACCAGAUGGAUCAGUAAAUAUUAAUCUCGGUGGUUUGCAAGAAUCGAGGCGAGAACAUGGAAAUAUAUCCUUUACAACAUAUAUGGAACAAUAUAUGACUUCUGGUGCACCUUAUCUUAAGGGUCUCUAUUAUCCAAUCAAUGAACGACCCAAUGGAAUAAAACGAGAACAAGUAGUAAGACUUAUUCGAGAAGCAGCCAAAAUGAUUAUGGAUGGCUUUUCUAUACCAGUGAAUCCAAUAGAAAACUUAGCAACAGAUGGAAAACUAUAUAUUGAAAUGUGUGAAAAAGAUAAAGAAUUUUGCAGUCUUACUACCGAUCGAGCAGAAGGUGUUCCUUUUGGUUGUUAUCAUUUUUGGGUCGACGAAGUUAUUCAUGAACGUGGAGCAUGGAGAAGUCAACGUAAACCUGAUGGGACUAUAAAAUCAGAUUGUCCAUUCAAUCGUACGUUAUUAUAUGAACUAAGAAAAAAAUAUGAUAUUCAUCAUUAUGACACACUGGAGACUAAAGAAAAUAUUACUAAUAUUAGUGAAAAUGUUUAA